AUGGAAGAUCAGCUCGUGAUGGAGGAAAUGUACAACGGCACCAUUGAUCCGGCUUGUUUACAAGAGCCUCCGCUGGCUCUUGAUGUGAUAAAGCAGCUGGAUGUGUUUGGAAUUUGCCUCUACUCCAUGCUCACCUUCAUGGCCUGUGUGUCCCUCCUGUUGUACCUGGAGCAGUGUGUCUACAUUUAUAAAAAAAUGCAGUAUCCCAAGAAGACGACGCUCAUUUGGAUCAGUGGGGCUGCACCAGUAAUCUCCACCAUGGCUUGUUUUGGUAUGUGGAUUCCUCGGGCUGUCAUGAUCACAGACAUGACAUCUAACUGUUACUUUGCAGUUGUGGUGUACAAGGUCUUGGUUCUGUUAAUCGAGGAGCUGGGAGGCAGCAGCGCCUUUCUGGAACGGUUUUCUGGUAAAACCUUUAGGAUCAACACGGGACCCUGUUGCUGCUGCUGCCCUUGUUUAUGCAGAGUGGCAGUUUCACGACGCCUGUUGUUCCUGUUGAAGUUAGGCGCUCUGCAGUACGCCAUCCUGAAAACAGCACUCUCCGUCCUUUCAAUAAUACUCUGGACAAAUGGAAACUUUGAUCUGGCUGAUUUGGAGAUAACUGGCACAGCGAUUUGGAUCAACCCUUUCAUCGGUGUUCUCACGAUCACCUCCCUUUGGCCUGUUGCUAUAGUUUUCAUGAAUGUCAACAGCUUUCUGCGCAGUCUCAACAUUGUACCCAAGUAUGCCAUGUACCAACUCGUACUUGUACUGAGCCAGCUGCAGACAUCGAUCAUCAACAUCCUGUCUUUGGACGGAACCAUCGCUUGUUCCCCUCCCUUCUCCUCUCAGGCUCGCGGAUCCAUGUUGAGUCAGCAGAUCAUGAUUAUGGAGAUGUUCAUCAUCUGUCUGUUCAGUCGACGUUUGUACCGUCGGACAUAUGACCCACUUCCAACUGAGGAACAUGACAAUGAACUCAACAAUAAGGCGGUCCUGCAGGCUGCACUCACUGAGCAUGAUGUUUAA